UUGUAGCGGCGGCUUCUGGACUUCGACCUCAUCACCGGGACUGGUCGCCAUGGUUGGCGUGGUGCGUUAUGGGGAAGUGCAGGCGCGGUUUUCUGCUGGACAUCACACGAACGCCGACGGGAAGCUCGAGUUCCGAACAAAGUCAUCUCGAGAACGCGGCAGGGUCGAGACGAUCGCGGACGUCCAUGGAGCGACGCAGGUGCUGGCAACGUGGGAGUGACAUCCCAAGUCUUUUUGAAUUCAGCAAGAAAAUGUAGACGUGCGGUUGCUGCUGUGCCGCGUGACCCAGGCGUGGUGGAGUGGAGUGAUCGGAAAGAUACAUGAUCAUCCCGCCGCAGCAAGCCAACAACACCACGCCGUGCCCUGGUCGGAGUAUUGCUUGGCCGCGGGCAGCCAGGCGGGAAAUGGGGCUUUGCUUUUUCCCAGUUUCCAUCAAUUUAGGCGAGGAUUUCAUGCACCUCGGCGAAGAGGUUGCGCCUUUCAGUGGUGGACUUACGGUUAAUUCCGUCUUAUUUGCAGGCAGACGGGGGACGACUUCCAGGGUUUCCUCUUUUUGCGUCUCGCGUGCCUUGUCUGUUGGUCUUUCCAUUCGACGACUUGUGCGAUCGACGAUGGCGAAGACGCCGUGUCGGACGUCCCAGCCCGCAGCGCUUCUACUCUGUCUGUUGCGAACUCUCGUUGCGAUAUGCGCGUGCGAUCGUGCAAGGCCAGAGGACGGACGUUGCCUGACACAUGGGCGACGGAAAGGACGUGCACGAUAUCCUUCGCUUCGUUGGUCGCGGGGACGCGUCAGGUACCGAAGUUAAACGAGAUCAGCUGUGGGGUUUUGCCCUUUCGGCUCUUUUCCCCGAUCUGUCACCCAUUCUCUGUCAGC